CCUUCUCCUUUCUUUUCCCAUUCACCGCGAAGAAAGCAUGGCGAACUCGGCGUCGGGAAUGGCGGUGCAUGAUGAGUGCAAGCUCAAGUUCCUGGAGCUGAAGGCCAAGAGGAACUUCCGCUUCAUCGUCUUCAAGAUCAACGAGAAGCUGCAGCAGGUGACGGUGGAGAAGCUCGGCCAGCCCGAUGAUAGCUACGACGAUCUCACCGCAUCCCUGCCACCCAACGAGUGCCGCUAUGCCGUCUUCGAUUUCGACUUCGUCACCGACGAGAACUGCCAGAAGAGCAAGAUCUUCUUCAUUUCUUGGGCUCCUGAUGCAUCAAAGGUGAGGAGCAAGAUGCUGUAUGCCAGUUCCAAGGACAGAUUCAAGAGGGAGCUUGAUGGCAUACAAGUGGAGUUGCAGGCCACGGAACCUAGUGAGAUGAGCAUUGAUAUCGUGAAAGGGCGAGCUUUAUAACCCAUUCUCCACUCGGGACCUUCAUCCGGUACUGAGUUGUGCAGUAGCCGAUGCUGAUGAUGAUGAAAUUAGGUUUCUUCAACCAUGUCAAUGAUUGCUUUCAAAAAAUGAGGAUCGCAAAUCCAUCGAGUGCGUCUAAAGCCUU